AUGAGUACUACUGUACCACGACUUACAAAAUUAGCGCAAGACAAUAGUAGAACAACGUGGUGGUUGAGUUAUUACCCACCCCGUCUUUUGACCCUAUUUCUCCUAGGCUCUCUCACGUCCUUUGUAAUUGACCAUUUGCUCACUCAGAAUCAUAUUACAGAGUAUCCAAAUGACAUUACAAAGUUGAUUGACACCGCUGCUUGGAUUCCUCCUACUUGCGGUUUAUCCGCAAUUUUAGUAGGUUCCAUGUUUCCUUUAGCUGAUUAUUGGUUCAUGCGAAAGCCGCAAGAAUUUCAAAAAGAAUGGAGUAAUGUUAUGAGGUGUAUGGGUGGAUUUAUUGGCGUUGCAUAUGCUGCCACGUGUAUUCUAUAUUCAUCAUGUGUAUGUUUUGGUACAUUAGGAAGGCAAUUAAUGAUAGUACCAGAAGAUUGGUAUGAUAGGAUUGAUCAAAACAAAAAUCACGAAAUAACUGGUUUGACACCAGCGAAAGGUGAAUGA